AUGGAGUUGUUCUUCUACGCGGUGUUCGGUGGUUUGGCCGCGGUUGUGGCAGCUCUGGAACUGAGCAAGAACAACAAGGACCGAAUCAACACCUCUUCCGCAUUCAAUUCCUUCAAGAACAACUACCUCCUCGUCUAUUCCCUCAUGAUGGCUGGAGAUUGGCUACAAGGUCCUUAUGUGUACUACCUUUACAGUACAUAUGGAUAUGGAAAAGGGGAGAUUGGACAACUCUUCAUUGCUGGUUUUGGGUCUUCCAUGCUCUUUGGAACAAUUGUUGGAUCUCUAGCUGACAAACAAGGCCGUAAGCGAGCUUGUGUGACUUACUGCAUAACCUACAUUUUGAGCUGCAUCACCAAGCAUUCUCCUCAAUACAAAGUCCUGAUGCUGGGUCGUAUUUUGGGAGGCAUUGCCACUUCACUUCUGUUUUCAGCUUUUGAAUCGUGGCUUGUUGCUGAGCACUUCAAGAGGGGCUUUGACCAACAAUGGCUAUCAUUAACAUUUUCAAAGGCUAUAUUUCUUGGAAAUGGCCUUGUUGCUAUUUUGUCUGGGCUGUUUGGAAAUGUCCUUGUUGAUUCAUUGGCUCUUGGACCUGUGGCUCCCUUUGAUGCUGCCUCAUGUUUUCUUGCUAUUGGUAUGGCCAUCAUACUAUCUUCAUGGACAGAAAAUUAUGGGGAUCCUUCCGAGAGCAAGGACUUGCUUACCCAAUUCAGGGGUGCUGCUGUUGCCAUUGCUUCUGAUGAAAAAAUCGCCUUGCUUGGUGCCAUACAGUCUCUCUUUGAAGGUUCAAUGUACACCUUUGUGUUUCUAUGGACUCCUGCAUUGAGCCCAAAUGAUGAAGAGAUACCCCAUGGUUUUAUUUUUGCAACUUUUAUGUUGGCUUCAAUGUUGGGAAGCUCACUUGCAUCCAAGUUGAUGGCCCGUUCUUCACUCCGAGUAGAAAGCUAUAUGCAAAUUGUUUUUGCAGUUUCUUCUGCUGCUCUGCUGCUCCCCAUUUUGACCACCUUCUUGGCAUUUCCUACUGGGGUGAAAGGUGGAAGCAUCUCAUUCACUGGUUGCAUUCAGCUUCUUGGCUUCUGUGCUUUUGAGAGUUGUGUUGGCAUAUUCUGGCCAUCCAUUAUGAAGAUGAGAUCUCAAUAUAUUCCCGAGGAGGCCAGGAGCACCAUCAUGAACUUUUUCCGCAUUCCUCUGAACAUUUUUGUGUGUGUCGUGCUGUACAAUGUUGAUGCAUUCCCUAUCACUGUUAUGUUUGGCAUGUGCUCAAUUUUCCUUUUGGUGGCUUGCAUCUUACAAAGGCGACUGAUGGUGAUUUCAGAUAAGCCAAAAGCAGCAGAUUGGCAAAUGAAGGAUAGGGACGGCGAAUCAGAACCAUUGAACAUUUAA